AUGCCCACCCCAAGUUCGAGCUCGAGCUCGUCUGACUCAGACUCCGAUUCCGACUCCAGUUCCAGCAGCGAUGCGCCCGUGCCUCAGAAAAAAGUGGAGAAGCGCAAGGCGCCUAGCCCCGCCGUGUCCUCCUCGGACUCGAGCUCCAGCUCAUCGUCAGACUCGGACUCGGACUCGGACUCGGACUCGGACUCGGACUCGGACUCGUCAUCAUCAAGCUCGAGUUCCUCCAGCUCCUCAUCCCCCGCCCCAUCGCCUCCCAGUCCUAAGCAGGUCCGCACCGCGAAGAAGCAGCGCGUGGCGGAGGACGGUUCUGCGGCGGUCACUGCGACCGUCAACAUCGCGGACUUCAGCGCGGGGACGCAGCAUGCCGCCAACGGGGACGAGAAGAACAAGGACAAGGCGGGCAACGGGAACGGGAACGGGAAGGGCAAGCCGAGGAAGGGCAAUGUGCCUUUCCAGCGUAUCAAGGUGGACGAGGUCGCGUUCGUCGACGACAGGCUAAAGGACAAUACGUUCGAGUCUAGGGGCGCGGCAGCGAACGACUACGGCGAACGUGCGGCGCGCGACCUCAUCGUGACGCGUGGUGCGGGGUUCAGGAAGGAGAAGAACAAGAAGAAGAGGGGGAGCUAUCGUGGAGGCGAUAUCACGAUGCAGAGCUUCAGCAUCAAGUUCACGGAUUAG